AUGAAGGUCGAGAAGGUCUAUCUGCGCAACCCGGUUUUCAUGUCACGUACAAAGGUUCCAAAGAGACACGAUAAAUGUAUGAAGCCGUCUGCGAUAUGCAAGGACGUACAUGACUUUCUCGCCGAAGGAGACUACGCAGCAGCAACAUACAUCAGCACAUCUUACACCCUAGCAAUCUACAGCAAAUGGGACGUCCUCCUUAUGGGCAGUCUAGAUUCUUUGGCAUCCCUCUUUCAGCACGUUGAGAUCCGCGAUAUAGACGAAAGCAAGAGCCAAAUAAUUGCCGCUGUACCUAGGCGUAAGUCGUCCAGUAUAUCAAUGCCGAGCUAUCAGGCACCAAGACCACCGGGACCAAAUGACUUCCAAGUUCGUGCCUUCUCUAUAAUGAGCCGGAUAGACGCGACCGCGAAUGAGAUAAAGGAGGAGAUGACGAAGACGUGCGAGGCGGUAAAAGAAGCACUUGCGGAUUGUGAUAGUCCCGAAGCUCUUGCGAAACUCAAAUGCCUGGACGAUCUUGUAUGUUCCUGCGGGGCCGCUGUCGCAUUCCUAGCAUCUAUCAACCCCUCCCUGACUGCCGCUUCCUCCCACGUAGAUGCUACUAGCCCGACUGUAACGCCUAUAAUCAAGACCCGUGCCAUCGUCGAUGAACAUAUAGAUUUCUCGUCCCUGCUUAGCAACAUAUCACUUAAAGGGGAAGCGCCUGCAUCGGAGUCAAUGUCGGAGGAGGAAGCACAGGAAAAGCCAGAGAGGAAGAAGAAGAAGCCCGGGGACAGCAAGACAGGCAAGGGACGGAAGAUAUGGAUAGAAAAGAACAAACGGAAAAACUCAGAAAGCAGUAGUUUCACGCAGAUUGCUACUUCCGACCUCGAGAUUGGUGAUACCGACGACUACGAGGAGGACUUCCACGAAUACUCCGACUCGGAACAAGAUGAGUACGAUCUGCUUUCAUCGGGGUUUAACGUUGGCAUGUCGGGAGUCGUAAGGGGGAAUGACGAAGAGAAGGAGGAAUCUGCUGACACUGAUACGCCGCCACACCUUACCCCAGCUUGCGAGAGCCCUGUAACGUCCGACGCAGAAUCCACCAUAUCUUCGGCUUCGGGCAGCGUGGUUAUAUCGAGGUCAAGACGCAACCCUGUAUCGUCCAACGUGUCAGCGAGCUCCUCUACGGCAUCAGCCAAACCAGUUUUCGUAAGACAUGGAAGCACAAGAUCUACCUCUGUUCCUACUGCCCCUCCAUCUUCUUCCUCCUCUGUAUCGGGAUCGACGGCACCAGUGAUAGUCCUCCGUCGCAGGGGCGAUAUGCAGAUAUUGUUGCAGGGGCGUCGUCGUAUGCACGCUUGUGCUGGUCUGCCAGGCAUGAAGUCGGGUACCAUCUAUGAGUGCAACGUGGAACCGGACGGGGAGGAUAAUCUCAGAGUUGUUAGGGCUAUUCCUCGUACUGAUAAAAUGAGGCCGAAUUCCCGAUCUGUCCUGUCAACCGUCUUGGCUCUUCUCAGAUCGACGGACGAUGUGGAUUAUACUCUUAUUGAUCGGGUUUCAAGCUACUCAUUCCGGGUUCGCGAGUAUAUUUACCGUCGCAUGGAGAAUAUGGGCGUGAAGAGUGGAUUCACGGUUGACAUCGGUAGCGGGUGCAUGCAAUCACUAAGUAUCAUGUCUCGUUACGGCGACGCUUCUUACCUUGACUGUGAUCCUGAUUUAAACAUGUCGUCUGUCAGGGACUUGAGCUCGUGGAUAAACGUUACGGAUCUAGAUUCUGAAUCCAUGGUUGUAUAUUCGAGAAGCUGGCGAGAGGAAGGGUUAAGCGUGCAUAUUACAGAGAAAGCGCCGAAUCCCUAUUCUCUAUUGACAAGAUUGUCGAGUUCCUUCGUAUCGGUGGCCACCCCGUCGUGUACUCCUUCUCACUUUCUUAUCUGGAUCGGGGAAGAUGGAGUCCUGAUAGAUCUCGGUAGAAUUUCUAUGAAGAUGCAUCCCGAUAAGCCCGGUUACGCUGUAGCGAAGUAUGGUAGCAAGGUUGAGUACGUGGAGCCGGCUGUUAGGACCAGGGAUUUCCGUGCUACGAAGAUGAGCUAUGCUACCGAUGUGAUCUACGGCGACUGCGAAAUAGGUUCAGACACGUUGCGAAUCGUUCGUAAUAUCCUCGUCGUGAGUAGUUUUUAA